GAGGCAGGAGAACGCCGCGGAGGCCGCCCAGGCCGCGGAGGACGCGCUCCUGGCCGAACUGGAAGAGGCGGCGCCGGACGCCGCCUUGGUCAGCUGGCGCGAGAGCGACGAAACCCUGGGCCUGCUCAAGGCAUUGUUUGCCUUGGUUCCGGAGGAGGUGCGGACCGCCCACGGCCUGCAGAAGCUCCAGACGGCAGUGGAGGCCAUGAGCAAGGCGCCGGCCCGGGGGCCCUUGAACAAGAUCGCGGGCCGGGCGCGAGAGGUGGCCGAGGCGGCGGAGGCGCUGCGCGCGGCCCAC